UUCGGCGGAGCCAAUAGAACAAAAGACAGACACUUGAAACCGGAAGCUGCAGCAGCGGAGAGUGAGUUUCAUCACGGCUCUGGAAAACCAUUAGCUGACGACAAGGAUUAGAGAUGUGCUUCUACAACCAGAAGAAGUUUGCAUGCGGCGACUGGAGUUGGACCAACUUCGCGCACCGUUGCAAUUACGAGUACCGCACGGGGGAGACAUGCGGCAUGCGACUUGUGAACGAGACCUUCAGCGAAAAUGCGAAAUGCCGCCUCUGCGACAAGAUCGAAACCAAGAAGCGGCGGCGAAGCGCCGAGGUGGACAGAUUGACCCGGUGGAAGCGAGAGGGAGGCACCCUCGUAGCUUCUAUGGAACGGUGUCAGAAGCUUAUUAUGGAGCUCGAAAAAGAGAUCUUCCAGCUGGAAAGGGAGAAGCAGGAGAGACAGAGAGCAUUGUCAUAGGAAACAUGUGAUCUGAAGAGGUGAAAAAUGGGAUGUGGUUGUCGUGAGCCCAAAUGUUGUUCUAUUCUUCAUGUUCCUUUUUCUUUUUUCUU